AUGAUCAGAGGGAGGCCAGAUGAUCUGCACAACACGCAUGCCACUGUUUCUCAUCCGCAAAGGCAGCAUCGGAGCAUUCUCCCCAGCCCCGUUCCCCCCGACUUGCCCGAUCGUUUCCGGAUGUUUCGCAGGUGUGAGUGGGAGGUCCUGGAGCGAUCCCUCAAUAUACUCCAGGCCAGCGACUUCUACUGGGGCCCCUUGUCUGUGGGGGAGGCUCACGCCAAGCUCCAACGGGAGCCCGUCGGCACCUACUUGGUGCGGGACAGCUCACAGGGGAACUGCUUGUUCAGCCUGAGCGUGCGGAUGCCGACGGGACCUGUCAGCCUUCGGAUCUCUUUCCAGGAGGGCUAUUUCCGCCUGAAGAACUGGUUUUCAGACUGCGUGGUCCAGCUGCUGGAGCUGGUGGUGGCAGGGACCCGGAACAACCCCUUGCACUUUGCUGAGAUGGGGGGAACCCCCCUGGUCUUCUCCGAGCCCCUGUGCCGGAGCCGCCGGGCAGUGCCCACGCUACGAGAACUGUGCUGCCGGAGCCUGCCCGCUGGUGCCGCGACGGGGGACGGAGCAGGGCUGGGGGGCUCCUUGGGGAUGCGCCCAAGGGAGGAGGUGGUCUCACCCACAGGCAGAAGGGGAGGGUCGGAGGGGAGCAUCGUCCCCAGCCCCUCUCCGUCCUGGGCUGGGAGAUGA